GUAAAUAUUUGGAAAAAGAAAAGAAAAUAUUCUUUCGAACCCAUCCACUACGUAAAUUCGCAUCAUUUCUCCUUUUGUGUGCUGUUAAAGCAGCGUGGAAACCGCGUCUCUCACCGCGUCUUAAGAAUCAGUUUCUUGAGCUUAUAGGUUUUCAGAGGAAAUUUGGUUUCAGGUUCAGUCCUCGAGCUUUAGCCGACUCUCAAAAGUCUUAUAAAAUCUCUCAAAUAUCUCAACUUUUUCAACAUUCAAUCAAAACUCAGUUGCUAAUUUGUUCUAAAAAAGUCUUAAAAAGAAGGUCUUUUUGGUCUCAACAGAGAAAUACAAAGAGAGAUUCAGAGAAGAUGAGUUACUACAAUCAGCAGCAGGCUCCAGUUGGUGUUCCUCCUCCACAAGGUUAUCCUCCAAAGGAUGCUUACCCUCCACCAGGGUACCCUUCACAGGGUUACCCUCAGCAGGAGUACCCUCCUCCACAGGGUUACCCACAACAAGGGUACCCACAGCAAGGCUAUGCUCCCCAGUAUGCUCAGCAGCCCCCUCCUAGGAAAGAAAGUGCUGGUUUGCUUGAAGGAUGUUUAGCAGCACUUUGCUGUUGUUGCCUUUUGGACGCGUGCUUCUGAUGGAAAUCUGGACGAUUUAAUCUUUGAUGAUUCGUUCACGAUUGCUUUAGGUUGGGGUAAAGUCUCAUUCAAGUUUAGGAUAAGCUGUAGUGUCUGGCAAUAUGUUUAACAGUGCUGUUUAGUUUGGCAAUAUGUAAUGCAGACUCCGGGAAUUAUAUGAUGGAUUUAUGUAAGGAUAUUUUCUUUCUGAAUUGAAUGACAGUUUACUUUCGACAUUGUCGUGCUAUUGUUCAUCAGCAAAAUGAAUUUACUACGUUCUCUAUAGUUAAUGGUUCAGAUUCA